UUCUAGCUUAAUCCAGUAGCAUAACAAGCGUCUUGGUGAAAAGCUCCAUCUCGGUACCUCCUUUAACCCGUUUACUGGGAAAAUAAGCGCAACAAAUUGAGUAUUACUCAAAGUUGGAUUUAACGUGGAGUAAAAGAAGAGCGAAGGUCCUUGACAAGUGAGAUUCACCGGGACCUUUAUGUGAGAGGAUCGUGCCGGAGAGAGACGUGGGACAGAGACUGCAGGAGAGACACCGGGAGCCACACACUGAAUUGUGUCCUGGAACUGUGCUCGUGUUUCUAAGUCGAGACAUCACCGCCUUCAUCCGGCCACAGGGAAUAAACUCAGUGGGGAAAGAAAGAAAGAAAAAAACUCGAUCGAGACGUCUUUCACUUGCUUUGGUGUAGAAACACGCAGGUGUUCUAGCUGAAUCAUGGAGGCCAUUGCCAAGUAUGAUUUCAAAGCGACUGCUGAUGAUGAGCUGAGUUUUAAACGAGGAGAGAUCUUAAAGGUAUUAAAUGAAGAAUGUGAUCAGAACUGGUACAAGGCUGAGCUGAAUGGCAAAGAUGGCUUCAUCCCCAAGAAUUACAUAGAAAUGAAAGCACACCCGUGGUUCUUUGGGAGGAUUCCUCGGGCGAGAGCAGAGGAGCUGCUGAACAAACAGAGGCAUGAUGGAGCUUUCCUUAUUAGAGAGAGCGAGAGUGCGCCUGGAGACUUCUCCCUGUCCGUGAAGUUUGGCAAUGAUGUGCAGCACUUUAAGGUGUUGCGUGAUGGUGCAGGAAAAUACUUCUUGUGGGUUGUAAAGUUCAACUCCCUAAACGAGCUGGUGGAUUAUCACCGCUCCACCUCAGUCUCUCGAAACCAACAGAUCUUUCUACGGGAUAUUGAGCAGGUGCCUCAGCAUCCUACGUAUGUGCAGGCCCUGUUUGACUUUGACCCUCAGGAGGACGGAGAGCUGGGUUUCCGCCGUGGCGAUUUCAUCCAGGUCCUGGACAACUCUGACCCUAACUGGUGGAAAGGUGCAUGCCACGGCCAGACAGGCAUGUUCCCGCGCAAUUAUGUCACACCUGUCAACCGGAACAUGUAAACAACGAAAGUCUAGGUCCCUUCUUUCCAAAAAAAAAAACACACACCCCUGCUCAAAUAAGCCUAAAUGUCCCCCUCUGCCCUUAACACCCUGUGUUUUGCAGAGUGAAAAGAGAAAAAUGGAAACUGGUGAAAGAAAAAAAAAGAGAAACAAAGAUCAGGAGAGUGUGUGUUUCAGUUUUCCAGUGACAUAUGGGCGCAAAAAAAAAAUCAACACUGAUUCCUGAGAAUUAUUGAUCGCAUCACUAUGAACGCUUGCAGCCAGGGUCUAAUGAGCCUAAGCUUAGUGCUACACCAUACAAAUUAACACCACAACGAUCCUGUGUGUAGAUUCCCCUCCAUAUCCCCACCCCAAGCCCCCCCCCCCCCCCGCUCCGUCUGCCUCCCCAUCUUCUCUUAUUCACAACCUUGUCAUUGUAGUGCAUUUUCCUUUCAUUACGUUUUGGCUGCAUGUUUUAAUCACAUUGUAACAGGAAAUUUUGAGGCCAUUUUAAGUUCAACAGAUGGAAAAAGAUUUAAAAAAAAAAAAAAAAAAAAACCACCAACCACACACAUUAGAUGGAAGUCUCUUUUUUUUUUUUUUUUCUUUUUUUUUUUUUUGGAAAUAAUGCUAAUUAAUGCUAAUAUCAAGUCACAAUGUCUGAAAUAUCAGGCACAGGAACUUUGUACAUCAGUUUUUGGCCAUGAAAA